GAGAUCAGCGAACAUGAGAAGAUCUCCUUGCAAUGAUGACUCUGGUCUCAAGAAAGGUCCUUGGACUCCUGAAGAAGAUGAGAAACUUGUCAACUAUGUCCAAAAACAUGGCCAUCGUAGCUGGACUGCUCUUCCCAAGCUUGCUGGUCUUAACAGGUGUGGGAAGAGUUGCAGGCUAAGAUGGACAAACUACUUGAGACCUGACAUCAAGCGAGGAAGAUUCUCUCCAGACGAGGAACAGACUAUCUUGAACCUUCAUGCAGUUGUUGGAAACAAGUGGUCAACGAUUGCAAACAACUUACCAGGGAGAACAGACAACGAGAUCAAGAAUUUUUGGAACACUCAUUUGAAGAAAAAGAUGAUUAAUAUGGGAAUUGACCCAAUGACUCAUCGUCCAAGAACUGAUGUCAUUUCCAGCUUAUCUCAGCUUGUGUCUAUGUCCUCUAACCUAAGAGGUUUUGUUGAUAUGCAGCUACAGUUUCAAACAGAUCAAGAGCAAACUAUACUGAAACUCCAAACCGAGAUGGCAAAACUCAAAUUGUUACAAAACCUCCUAAACCCUAAUGACACUCUUAGUCUUCUCAACUCUAUUGCCUCUUUCAAAGAAGCCUAUACCACCAACAAUAAUCUCGACCUUGGUUCCUAUCUUCAGGACUUCAACAGCAUACCAUCUCUAAAAACCUUAAACUCCAACGUCGGAGUAUCAUCAGUUUUCCCCCAAGACAAUCACUUCAGUUUCUUCACUCAAAGAGAGGACUUACCUGUGUCUCCGAUCUGGCUCUCGGAUCCCUCCAGCUCAAAUCAGAGUUUGUUACCUUCUCUUGAUCCUUCAUCUGUUGUGAGUGAUGAUCUGAUUAGAAACCAGUACAUUAGUGAAGAUGUCAAUAGCAAUCUCAUGACCUCUUCAAGCCGUCAAGAAUCAUCAGGAGCUUCAGCUUCAGCUAUAUGGCCUGAUCAUUUAUUGGAUGAUUCCAUAUUUUCCAAUAUUCUCUAG